AUGGAGGAAGUAGGAGGCUCACACUCCUCGGUCAAUCAGACCGAAAAGGGGCUUCACACACCUCUAGAAGAUACGAAUGCCGCUACCCACCUGUCGAAUAUUGACAAUGGCAAGAAACUCCCGCCCAUGGAUGGCGGCAUGAACGCAUGGCUUUUCCUCGCUGCGUGCUUCGUUAUGGAAGCUCUAGUUUGGGGGUUCGCCUUCACCUACGGUGUGUUCCAAGAAUAUUACAAUUCGAUUCCUGAAUUCAAAAACAAUGGCAACAUCGCCGUCGUCGGAACCUGUGCUAUGGUAGGAACACCAAUAUCUACUACACUCACAUCCAACAAAGCUAACUCACCACCCCAGGGAAUUAUGUAUCUCGACCUCCCUAUCGUCUUCGCAGCCUACAGACAAUGGCCUAAAUACCAACGCCUCGGCUGUGGUGCUGGUGUUCUCCUGAUGUGUCUCGCCCUAGGCCUAAGUUCCCUCGCCACGAACGUUACCCACCUCAUCGUCACACAAGGAAUAUUCUAUGCCAUCGGUGGAAGCGUCGCCUACUCUCCCUGUAUCCUUCUAAUGGAAGAUUGGUUUGACAAACGCAAGGGUUUAGCUUUUGGUGUGAUGUGGGCCGGUACCGGACUAGGCGGCGUUGUCCUCCCCAUCGUUAUGGAACAGCUUCUCGACCGAUUCGGGUUCAGAACUACCUUGCGUGCUUUUGCCGUUGCGCUUUUCCUUCUUACUGCACCGCUGGUCUACUUCGUUAAGCCUCGCGUGCCAAUUCCUGAUAAUCGGCCUAGCCCGCCGCCACCGAAUCUGCGGUUUAUCAUGACCUCUACUUUUGCACUCUUCGAGUUUUGCAAUACUAUUGAGGCGCUAGGAUUCUUCUUGCCGUCGCUUUAUCUGCCGACUUAUGCGGGGAUGAUUGGUGCUUCGAGCAGUCUUCAGGCUUUGACUGUUAUUCUUUUCAACUUGGCUUCUGUCGUUGGGUGUGUGCUUAUGGGUGCUAUCAUCGAUAAGCUGGAUGUUACGAUUUGUAUUCUUGUCUCGACUGUGGGAUCUACAUUGGGCGUGUUUCUUAUCUGGGGAUUCUCCAUGUCCCUUGCGCCGCUGUUCAUCUUCUCGAUUGUUUACGGCCUCUUCGCUGGCUCGUACACCAGUACAUGGCCAGGUAUUAUGCGCGAUGUUGUCCGCAAGAAGGCCUCAGCUGAAUCGAGCAUGGUCUUUGCUUGUCUUGCGGCUGGGAGAGGUAUUGGAAACUUGGUUUCCGGUCCCCUUAGUGAAGCUCUUAUCAAGGGGUUACCAUGGGAGGGGAAGUUGGCUUCUGGAUAUGGCAGUGGUUAUGGACCAUUGAUCGUUUUCACGGGUGUUACUGGUGUUGUCGGGGGUGGCAGCUAUGUCGCCAGGCGUUUGAAGUGGUUGUAA